AUGCCCGUUAACGAAGCUCCAUGGCUUACAAGAAAGAUGGAGCUAGUUAUUAUGAUUGCAGUUUUUUUAUUAUGCUUCGUUUCUGAUUUUUUUAAGUGUAAAAGUGGUCGAAUGGCUAAUUGUGUUGGUGGUUCUGCGAUGCUGUGUGAUAGAGAUGUGGAUAGUUCAUGGUGUACAGAUAUGGUAUUACCACAAUAUGCGGUGGGAGGUGGAAGUAGUAGUGAAGAAACAUGUGCGUGUAGUAAACACAACAAUUCCUUAUUACUUUUUCAUAUUGUAGAGGUGGGAGCUCCUGUGGCUCGUACGGUAAAAACGAAAAGUAUUGAACGUGUACCAAUAGCCCCACUUGUGAUGUAUGCAUUACGGAAUAAAACAGGAAAUGUGAUCUCUACAAAUAUGAAGAAAGGAUUAUUGAGUUCUGACUUAUUUACACCACUCCGUGAAGAUAUUGGAUUAACGCCACAUCAUGGAAGUAAUUGUACUCCAGUAACGAAUAAAUUCAAUAUAUCUUAUAGUUAUGAUACCGUAUCUGUUCCGGUAAAAUCUAAUUUUUUGGCAGAUAUGGAAUCUGUAUUACCAUUUAAAAAUGAUUUUUUUGCUAUUCGACGUUUUCUUCCUGGACUCUACCGUGUAUUUGAAAAACUUCUUUCACGUAAGGGUUCGUUUUCAAUUGAUAAACGUGAUCCUUGUAUGGGAAUUCAUCUCGUUAUGGUUAUUAAUGUCCUCCCAGGGGCAAACGCCUCAUGGACGAAUGUUGAUGCUGCUUCUAUUCCCCAAACACUCUUUAAUGCUCAGACACAUGUGCGAAAAACUAUCAGUCGUUACUUGCGAAAGAAACCACGAUAUACACGACUGUUGAGAAGUGUCUGGUAUGUGAGUAUGCCAAUUGGGUAUCCUGUGCAUGCGGAUUCUAAUGAAACUGUUAACACACACGCUGCUCUCUCGACUACAGAUGUUAGUAAAAAGGUAAAAAAAACUGGGAUAGGAGAAAUGGCAUCUGUAGAUGAUUUAAUAUCGAACUUUUGCCCUGCAGAAGGAGAACAGGGAAAGGUAUGUAGUGAGAAAUGUAAUUUUUAUGAGAGGGAAGUUUUAUCCUACAAGGUGGCGAAUGAAGGUUUAGUGAAGAUGACAGUUAAUGGAGGGCAACGUAUUGGGCUUCGUAGUAUUUUAGCCCCUUAUAAUGAUUAUUAUCACAUGAAUAGUACUGGAAUACACACUUCUAAUUGGCGUGACUGUUUAUAUCUCUCUGCUGAGGGUGCGGCAGUGAUGGCACGAAACAUCGCAGAAGGUCUUUGGACCUCCUGA